AUGCCGCCUACAACGCUAAACCAAUCCCAUAAGGAUGAGGAACAUGCUCAAUAUAGGAAUCCGCAACAUUUGCCCACGCCUGAACCAGAGUCGCAAAAUACACUAUCCGGUCAUCAGGGUCAACAUGUUGAGUCACAGACCCCCAACACCCCGCCAGUACCACAUGAAAGACCUACGGGAGGAGAUAGCUCCGUGCAGAGCAGCCUGGUUCCUACUAUUGUAGUUGGUAAUGGCUCAGCUCAACCCUCAAGCAAUAAUAUUGUGGUUACCGGUGUCGAAGACAAUGGCAACGACAACCAAGGUAGCACAAGUCCUAUCGAGAUCGACGAAAGAACAAUCGAGGAAGCUAUCCGUGAUUUAAUCAAUGAAAAGCACUCAGAAGAGGGUGAUGGUGAGCUGACACAGAUCGUCCUUCAUAGACAUGACAGACUUGAUGAAGUUUGUUCAUUCUUUGAUGCUCUCAACGUGGAAAUUCGCGAAAAAUGUCUCAAGUUCGAUAAAGAGCCAAAAGAUUAUCUCAUCCCAAGUCGCCAGCAUCAUGACGCUUUAAAGUUCUUGGGAAAUUAUCUUAACUCGUUGAAGCCGGAAGAGCUACUGCAAGAACUGCCUAAUAUUCAAAAUCAAUGUGACAUGGUCAAGAACCAACUAUCUCGCGUUAAUCUCAGCCAUGAUUUACCUCCUCAAUGGAAUAUUGAUGUUAAAGAGAUCAUGGAGUACACCAGAGCCAAUAUCCCAGCUGGGGAUCACUCUGAUAUCCCAGAUUCGGAUGCCGAUGAUCUUGAUGCCCUAGAGUCGCGUACAAGAAAAGAGCAACAUCAAUACUCAUCUUGUGAAGUUCUCAGCUGGUGGCCCAAGGGCACUGGGACUCAAACUUUUGUUCGAUAUGGUGAUAAGUCAGCCCCUAUUUAUAGAAUUAGGGCUGGCUCGUACGAGAUAUAUGACAAGGCUUCUGUGCCACGAUUGUGGACAACGAGCUCGCGUGGAACAGCGAAGAAGAUGAUCACCGAAGCUGGGGAAGAAGAUGAAGUCUGGAAAGACACUAGGAGUGAUGUAAAAAGAAUUAUCGCAGUUGGUUGGAAGGUUCCUGAUGACGAUGAUUCUGAAAUUGGAGCUCUUCCAUUUAUCAAGCCUGAGAGGGGGGCAAUAUACCCCCAGACAAAGACUAUGGUGCUGUGGAAAGAUGGACAAACUACACUCGAGGGCCGUUCUUUUAUACGUCGAAUCGCUAAUGGGGCUGCUUUCCGAGGCGAUGAGAUGAUAUACCAAAAGGCGAAAGAGCUAGAAGCCGCCUAUGAAAAAAAGAACGGGCCACUUCAAAGCAGUCACAAGGUGAAGGAAGAGGAUGAAAGCGAAUACGCUGGCAGUGAUAUAGAUGGUUCUAAUGUAUCAGAUCCUGAGUCUUCAUCUGCAAGUUCGAAAGACAAAGUCCUAAGACGUGACAAGAGCAAGAGAUCUCACAAGCAUCGAGCCUCAGCUAAAGAGGAAGAUAUCAAAAAGCUUGAGCGAAAACUCGAAAGAUUGAAGAGUGGGAAAAGAGUCACACAUUCCACAAGACAGUGA